CUACCAGUGACAACAAAUACAACAACACUACCAGUGACAACAAAUACAACAAAUGCAACAACACCAAUAGUGACAACAAAUGCAACAACAACACCAAUAGUGACAACAAAUGCAACAACAACACCAGUGCCAACCAAGCAAACAACCACUCGUCCCCCAUAUGGCACUUAUUUUAUAAAAAAUGGCGAUAAAUAUUGCUUGCUGGCUCAGUUUGAGGCAAAAUUUACCAUCAAUUAUAUGCAAUAUGUUAAGGAAGGAAACAAAUCAAAGACAAAGGCCAAGCAAGGCACUGUUGUCCUUGACAGUAAUGCAAAGGUGAAUGUUGCAGGAAGCUGUGGGAUGCUGAUUCUAACAUGGAACAAAACAAGACCACAUUACACUUUGUCAAUUGAAUUUGGCCGUCCAAAAAAAUUGCAAGCAAGUGGUGACAGUUCUUUCACCUGGUGGUUGAGCCGUGUGUCUUUCCUGGCCAACCUCACAGACAACCCAGAAUUCCCGAAUGCCACAGUGAGUGUGGUUAAUGCCUCGUACACACUGUUCCAAAAUAAUAGUAUUCAUGGUACAAAUGGUAGCUACUACUACUGCAAAAAAGACACAAAGUUCACUCUUAAGGCAAAGAGCAAAGACAACCAAGUCCAAGCAGAUUUCACGGAUUGGAAGGUUGAACCAUUUGUCGAGAAAAGUAGGGAGACAGACUUUGGAUCAGGUAAAGAUUGCUACCAGGACCAUCCCACAACACCUUCUCCUGAGAGCAAAGACAGUGACAUUGUUCCAAUAGCAGUGGGCUGUGCCUUGGCUGGUCUGGUGCUCAUUGUACUGAUUGCUUAUGUCAUCGGCCGCCGCAAGAGUCACCGUGGAUAUGAGAAGGUCUAGUGAAAGAUCUAAGGGGAACAAGCUUGCACCAGACAAUGAUCACAAUGAUAAAAUAUACCUGUUGAUAGCCAUGUGUUAGUGUGGUCAUUUUGUUGUGCUUCUUUUUGGACACUUUCUGUCUCAUCUUUUGUGUGAACCUGAUUUUAAAUUCUUCUUGCUGUUAAGCUCUCUGGGACAAAAAUCAUCUUGCAGAAAUUGACUUUUCAUUCCUGUCAGUACAAUUUCCUACUUUGGUAACAUCAUACUUUUGGGAACUUUUUCCUUUUUUUUUUUUUUUUUCCCUUCUGUAACAGAUACAUGUAUGUACUAGAGUUGAAGCUACAACUGGUCAGUACAAGGAAUUAGUAGAAGGAGCACACAAAAUAAAAUGAAUCAAAUAAAAGAUUGCCAGUUCACUAAUUACAUUUUUUUUAAAUUUCUGAUUAUAACAAGCUAAAUCCAAUUUAUUGUGGUACAGUCCUUCUUUCUUAAAAUCUUGAUGUUUUAUUUGACUCAACUUAGAAGUAAAUGUGGCCAUAGAUUUGAGUAUUGCAUGGAAAAGAGCAGCAACCAUACUUCCUGAUAUUGUUGUGGAUGGCCUUUUUGAUACCCUCAAUUUAUGUUAGCGAUUAGAGAUUCCUUGCAUCUGAUAUUUGUUGUUAAAGAGAAAAUUGUAUACCGUAAAGACAUUUUAAUUGGAAGUCCUUUUUUGACAAUAAUAGACAUAGUUUAGAGUGUGUGUUAUUUAGCCUUUUGUAUCAGGCAGUGGAAGGAUGAUUUGGAGAAGGAGGGAGAGAAGGAAAGAGGGGAUUAAGAGGAGAAAAUGGAGAAGUUCCUUUCCUUUGCAUAUUCCUUUGAUGCAAAAAACCAAAAAUUGUGACCAGUAGGUAGACAAUGUGAUGCUGGUGCUCCUCACCCCUCCUUUUUUUCUUUUCCCUUGCCAAGCAAACUUGCAUUGGCUGGUGCCCAUCCUGUUUUUGAUACAUGCAUGGUUUGUAGAUGUUUUGAAUAAAAAUUUACUUAAAUCUA